GGUAUACAACUCAAAAGCGUAACGUUUUAGAGUUAAAAGAUCAAAACAAACGCAUAAAUGUCUGAGGAGCUACGACUACAAAAAGUGAAAUCUUCUUCUUUCUUAGUUAUUUAGGGUUCUUUAGAGAAUCAAGAAGAAGAAGAAGAACAUGGGAUUACAGUUGGAGAGUUUGAUGGAGACGAUAAAGUCAAAGGUGAGUUUGCUAAGGAAGAAGAAGAAACCUUACAUCAAAAUGGAUAAAAGCUCCAGCGUUAGAGUUGCGAUCCGUCGUAAGAAGACUAGAGAUCUCAUCGAUAAGACCUUGAAGGUUGCUGAUCGUCCUGGCAAACGAACUCUUUUCUGAUAAAACUUCUUUUAUUGCCUCAUAUUUUGCAUGUCAUUUUUUGUUGUUCUUCGUUCAGUAAUUUGGUGUUUUUGAUUCAGGAGAUCAAGUUUGUGAUAAUAUGUAUAGUAAUUUCUGGAAAUAAAUAAAAGAAAAAUAAUAUAGAAAACAUCAAA